UGUACUUUUUUCUUUCCUCCUUCCUCAUUCCUUUUUUUAUUUUUUUUAACGUUCCACUUACCAUUAGGUCUUCUUAACCCUCAUAUUUUUUCUUUUUCUAUUUUCUGCCCUUCCACGUGCACUUUUAUUUUUUUCGCGUGAAUAGUUAAAAAAGAGUUUUUUAUUUUUCUUUUUUCUCAUUAACGGUCGUAGUCUUGACAAUUUUCUCUUCUCUCAUUCUUCUAUUUUUUAUCGUACAUCUACUUAAAUUGUCACGCAUAAGUCUGAAAAUAAAAAAAAAUUAAAAAAAAAGAUUAACAGAAACAGACAAUUACAAUCACUUAUCUUUUAAUAUUUUAUUUCGAUUAAAAAAAAUUUUUUUUGUUUUUAAAAAGUUUUACUUUUAUUUUAAUAUGUCAUUACUAUUUUUUAAAUUAUUUUUAAUCUUGAUUUAUGUAUACCUUUUUAUAUUUUUUGUAGAUAAAAAAUAUUUAAAAAAACAAAAGAUAAUUGUAAAUCUGGCACUUUUAAUGGUUUCAUCUUAUUCAUCAAUGAAUUCCAACGGUUUUUUAUUUGUACCAUCACAAACAACUCCUUCAGGGACAGAAGCAACUUCUUCCCAUUUUGGAAUGUCCAAACAACAAAAAUUAGGAAAUCAACAAAUUUCUCGUUCUCUUUUUGCAUUAGAAUUUCUUCCCCAGGGAGAGGAUGAAUUUUCUUAUUGUGAAGAUGGUGAUGAGGAUAUAUCUGAUAUUUCUAGUUGUUUUUUUAACGAAAAAGAAGAUCAUCAAAAUCAUUUUAUUUCAUUAGCACAUCCUUCCAUAAGGCUACACAAACAUUGUAGAAACCAACAUCAUUCAGGAUAUUCCUCAAAAUAUGGAAGAGGAGCACCGCCUCAUUGGUUUGGUCGUCCACCCUUAGUGCCUUUUAAUUCGCCAAAUCGGCAAACACCAAAUUUUGAUAAAGAACAAAAUCAUUCACAAAAAUUUGACGAAGUAGAAGACUUGAAUUCAAAAAUAACAACAACAACUACAUUACGUAGAUCACCUGCUGCUUAUUUUGUACAGCGAAGUGAUAAAUUGUGCCUUUCUCCCCCACUUAUCUCAACACCUCCAAAAUUAAUUGAAACAACAGAAAAUGUUCCUUAUCCGCUCAGAAGGGUUUUUUCUGCUAAUUCAACACAAUCAGAAGCUGGAAAGUUUUUUAGAAAUGAAGAUAGAAAAUGUAGCAAUAUUUUAUGGAGCUUCGAUUCCCCUCCAAGUGCUUCGACUUGUUCAACUCCUGGCACCCCAUCCUCACCACAAAAAUUGCAUCAAAAUAAUUCUUUUAUUUUGGCGGCAUUGAAUAUUAAACAACAUCAAUUAAAAGAAGAAAAUGAAGCAAUUAAUAAUAUUCAAUUUUCUCCACAAAUACACAAACCUACUAACAAAUAUCAAGAGAAAGAAGUAAAAGUUAAUAAAAUUAUCGGUAUAAAUCAACAACAAUCAUUCGGAAUGCACAACGGAUUUCCUGUUUUGCCAUGCUCACCUAUGGCAUCUCCAACAGGAGGAUUAACUAUGGGAAAAUAA